UCUAAAAGGUUUUGCUGCUGACCUGACCCUCUGCUUGAAUCAGGGUUUCAUGAUAAGUUGUUCAACCUGUUCUGAGGCUGCGGCGUGUUCAAUAAUCGGCAGCGAAAAUGCCUUCCCACAAGACCUUCAGAAUUAAGAAGAAACUCGCCAAGAAGAUGAGGCAGAACAGACCCAUCCCUUAUUGGAUCCGCAUGAGAACCGACAACACCAUCAGGUUCAAUGCUAAGCCCAGGCACUGGCGCCGCACCAAGCUCGGAUUUUAAGGUCCAUGUCAAUUGUCAACCUUCGACUUGAGAUUUUUAUUUUGUUUUGGUUUUUCUAGAAUGUUAUGAGCGAUGUGGAAAGGUUCUAGCUUUGGUCACGUGGUUACACAGAGGGAUCAUUGUAGAGCGUUUCCAUAAACCCUAUGUUAUUUUUUGUAUUUUUUUAAAUGCUAUUAAUUAAUGUGAACUGUGAUGGUAGUUUUUAAUUUUAUUAACUACCUUUGCUUUU